ACCAAGUGCAGUAAUCUCGUAGUGGGGUAGUACCAAAUAGUCUAUAAUUAUAGGCUAUUUGGUAGAAUCCACGCAACCAUCGCACUAUGUCUGGAUAGCUAAAUAACCAUUAAAAAGACGCAAAAUAUCAAAAUCAAUUUCUCAUGAAUAAGUGCGGCGAGAAUAGGACAACUUCCGAUGUUAGCAAACGAAGCCACCGUCCGCCGUUAGCAUCAAUGUCAUAAUUCUAUCGUUUCCGAGCAUGCGCAGUUUUCAGCACACUCACCGCAAUCAAUUGACCAUUGACGUCACUGACCCACUUGUUACGUCGUUGGGAGGAUAAUUUACACGCUACUCUACAACGUGCACCUACCACAAGUGAGCUAUAUACGCAUGGAUGUUACUCGUGUAAACAUGAACCGAGGGGCACAUAGUGAUAUAGUUAUGACAUAGCUUAUUUCUUGCAUGUAGGACGAGGCAUAGGUAUUUUGCUUCUUUUUUUAUUAGCUGCGUAUGCGUUAACGCGCAGUUGUGGAAUGUGUUUCAAAUAGAAUUCCUUUGGGCGCUCAAAUAAUGAGUUAUCCUCUUGAUUCGCCUUGUGAUUACGUUUUAUGAUUUGGCAGGUCAUUUUUUUCUAUUAAACUGAUAUAAAUACGUGUGGGCUCCUGUGUUUAUCGAUAUGGAAUGGAACAGAAAAUCCAUUCAGCUUCUCAUUCAAGCAUACAAAGACGAACCCUCACUCUUCGAUCACAGGCACCCCCAAUAUCAUUUGAAGGCCAAUAGAAAGGAAAAACUUGCAAAAGUUGCACAAAGGGUUGGGGAGGUGCUACCUGGAGUUACAGCCAAUGACUGCAAAAGCAAAUUUGCAACCUUGCGGUCGCACUAUGGCGCUGAACUUAAGAAGAUGCGAACCGGUAAGGAAACCGGAGUAGUUUAUUCACCCACUGUGUGGUGGUUUCCACUGAUGGAGUUUCUGAAAAACCGAAUUGUACCCAGAUCGUCACACACAAAUAUUCCCGAAAGAUUUUUUUCAUAUAAGCCCCAGGCAGUAUCCAUGGAUUCCAGUCACUCCUAUGACCUAAUGGAUUGUUAUAAUCUUUCAGAUGGACCUCAGUUGCAGAUAGUGGAAUCCAGAAGUACAGAGGACACUGCAGACAGUGGCAGUGACAAUCACUCAGAGUUUUCCACAGAAAUCGUUGAAGUGAAAACUGAAAUUGAUGUGAUGCCCUCAGAGUGUGUCACCACUGAGACACAAGAUGCUCCAGAGCCACCAGAAACACAUCAUUUGUAUGCAGAAACACAACGUCAUUAUGAAAAGCCUUCAAAGCGACAAAAGAAAGAUGAUGAUGAUGAUACAUUGCUCUUAUCCACAUUGUCAGUGUUGGAGAAAGUUAGUUCAUAUUUAGAUCGAACAACUGAAGAUGACACACUGGGGAAAUUUGUGGCAGGAGAGUUACGAAAAAUGGACAAUUACAUUUGUAUUAAGACAAGAGCAAAACAUCGAAUACUCCAAGCCAUAAUGGAUGCCCAGAUGGAGAUAAUUCGUGAAAUACAGAAGACAAAGAAAAGUAACAUGGAAUGUUCAAACUAUACAAAAUAAAUGAAAUUAUUUUAUAAUAAUUAUUUAAUAAAUCCCAUCACCAAGAUUUCUGCACUGAAAUGUACACAAAUUACUUUUGCACCUAGUUUUGUUAUUGUGAAUUGAUGGAUUCACCUGAGGAAGUAUAUACUGGUAUGUGAGUGCAAGGAUCACUUGGAUGCUGGAAGGGCUUCUACAAGAUGUUUGGUUGUCAACUUUAAGCAAUAUUUCUAGUGCACAUUUCAACAGAAUGUCUCAGAAGGUUGUGCCAUUGGACAGAAAUGGCUAAAAAUAUGCUGACACUUAAGUCUGCAGGUCAACACAGAAGAGAGAUUUCUGAAUGCAAAGCAGCCAGAACUGAACUUUAUUUGUUAAUAUCCACACAAUUGUGCCACUUCAAUUUUUAUUUCUGUAACAUUGAGGGUUAAGCUGUUAGCUGUGAACUGGUUGUAAGACUGCUACAUUAUUCCACUGAUCGUGCCUACUGUGGGUGUGUUUGGGCUCUGUAUCAAUAUAUUUGUCAUCAGCAAAUGUUACAGUUUUUGAAUAGUUCUCCAUGUUCCAGACAGAUCAUUUAUGUAGACCAGAAACCAUAACAAGCAAUGCAUAAACUCUUGUGUCACACUGUAUUUAAUAUUUCCCCACUCAGAAUUUAAUUUUAUUCUUGUCGUAUCAUUUCUUAUUGUGACUCUCUGUUCUCUGUAGUUAGGAUAUGGUUUUAUCUGUGCAAGGGAAGAGCUGUAAUGCCAUAACAUUUUAGUUUCCCUGUCAGAAUUUGAUGACGUACAAAGUCAAAGUCCUUGUCAAGAUCACUGAAAAUGGUUACUGAAAUUCAGU